AUGAAGUGCCAAAGACUCGCCUCAGCGGCCCUGCGCCAGGCUCGCGCCCCAAUUCCCCGCACCAGCACCCCCGCCGCAAUUCGGAGCUCUGCCGCAGCUCUCAGCUCCCAACAACCCACGCGCCGAUUCCACUCCAAGCCGGCGCGCAAAGCGUCCAACAGCCCCGGCGAUGCCUCGAACCCGGCGAUGGCGUUCCCGUGCCUCGACGCCCUCGAGAACCGGUCCGCGACACUAGAAGCGAAGUUCGAGUCGAGCAACGAGCCUUCGUACACGGCCGGCGCGACGGAGACGUAUCACUGUGAAGAGCCCCUCCUCCUCGACUGGGGCGGUGUCCUGCCUGAAUUCGAUAUCGCGUACGAGUCGUGGGGUAAAAUGAAUGCGGACAAGUCGAAUGUAAUCCUCCUCCACACCGGUCUGUCUGCGUCGUCGCAUGCGCAUUCUACGGAGAGCAACCCGAAGCCUGGCUGGUGGGAGAAGUUCAUCGGCCCAGGGCUUGCGCUGGAUACGGAUAAAUACCACGUAAUCUGCACAAACGUAAUUGGAGGAUGUUAUGGCUCGACAGGACCGAGUAGCAUUGAUCCUGCGGACGGCCAGCGAUAUGCGACACGGUUCCCGAUCUUGACAAUGGAGGACAUGGUGCGCGCGCAAUUCAGGUUGCUGGAUGGCCUCGGCGUAGAGAAGCUAUAUGCCAGCGUUGGCUCUAGUAUGGGUGGGAUGCAGUCGCUUGCUGCUGGGACACUCUUCCCCAACCGCGUAGGCAGGAUUGUGUCCAUCAGCGGUUGCGCGAGGAGUCACCCGUACAGCAUUGCGAUGCGCCACACGCAGCGACAGGUGUUGAUGAUGGACCCGAACUGGAACAGAGGCUUCUACUACGGCAGAGUGCCGCCCCACGCUGGUAUGAAGCUGGCGCGAGAGAUCGCGACGGUUACAUAUCGCUCGGGACCAGAGUGGGAGCAGCGCUUCGGAAGGAGGAGGGCAGAUCCCAGCAAGCCACCAGCGCUGUGCCCAGACUUCUUGAUCGAGACGUAUCUUGAUCAUGCCGGCGAGAAAUUCUGCCUGACCUACGAUCCUAACAGCUUGCUGUACGUCAGUAAGGCUAUGGAUCUCUUCGACCUCGGACGUGAGAACCAGGUGGCUGCCAGCGCAAGGAGAGCGGAGCGUGAGAAGCUGCUGCAGUCUGGUGUCGAGCCCACGAGGAACGAUGCUGCUUGCAGUCUGACACUUCCCGAGAAGCCUUACGAGGAACAACCGGAGUCGAACGCCGGUGCAUCAGAUCAGCCCGUCGAAGUGUCGUCGAGACCUCCCGAGGACCUGAUCGCUGGUCUCUCUCCUCUGAGGGACACCCCAGCCCUCGUCAUCGGCGUUGCCAGCGACAUCCUCUUCCCCGCGUGGCAGCAGAGGGAAGUUGCGCAGGCCCUCAAGCUGGCGGGUAACCGAAACGUGGCACACAUCGAGCUGAGCGAGGAGAUGAGCUUCUUCGGUCACGAUACAUUCCUCUUGGACCUCAAGAACAUCGGCGGAAAUCUGAAGAACUUCUUGGGCUGA